CACCUUCCCUCUCCACCCCAAAGAGGAACUGGGAGGGAUCAGCAGGGUUAUAUACUGGGAUCAGGACCAGUGGGGAGAGCAGAACUCAAAAGCAGAAAGCAGGAGUGAGGAGUCCAGGAACUGAAGCCCAACUCAGGGGCCGGAGAGAUGGGAUGGAAGACCCCAGCAGUAGAGAGGGCUGUGUGGCGGCUGCUAAUGGUGGCCGUCCUGAUUGGAGGGACCGAAGGGGGAGACGCCAAGAGGCCGCGAGACAGAGCCGCUGUCUUCGCAGACCUGAGCCCUGCCGAGAUGGCCGCUGCGCGCGACUUCCUGCGGACCAGGAAGAAGCUGGGGCUGAAGCCGGCCAACGAGCCCACGAUGGCUAAGAACUCGGUGUUCCUCAACGAGACGCGGCUGCCCAGGAAGGAUGAGGCGCUGAACUUCCUGGACAACCACGGGAUGCUCCUGAGAGCUCACCUCCUCCAGGAGGCUCGAGUCAUCAUCUUCUUCGGGGACCAGAAGACGCCCGGAAUCACUGAGUUUACCGUGGGCUCCCUGCCCACGCCCUCCUAUCUGAAGCAGGUGGUCCCAGUCAAGCCCGCUCACGUCCCGUCAUGGACGUCGCGCCCCGUGUCGGCGGUGGAGCACAUGUUCAUGGACAAGGUGAUGAAAAAGGCCACAGGGCCCCUCUACAGGCUCCUGAUGGAGACCACCGGCUUCUGGUUCCACAACUGCACGGACCGCUGCCUGGUCCUGUCCGACGUGGGGCCGUGGGGCGCCCAAUCUGGCCAGCGGCGCGCCUGGUUCAUCGUGCAGAGGUUGGUGGAGGGGCUUUACCUGCACCCCACUGGACUGGAGCUGCAGCUCAAUCACGAGGACAUCGACCCCGAGUCAUGGCGAGUGGAGCGGGUUUGGUACCAGGGACGGUACUUCUCCAGUCCCCAGGAUCUAGCGCAGUGGUACGCGAAUGAGCCAGCGAAUGCGUCGAAGGUGGAGGGGUUGCCCCUCGACACCGAGGGGGGCACCGAGGAGCGGCCCCUCUUCUCCUCCUACCGACCCCGUGGCUCCUUCCCCACCCCGACCCACGUGACGGGCCCCCGGCUGGCCGAGCCCCAGGGCCACCGCUACCGUGUGGAGGGCAAGGCCUUGCUCUACGGGGGCUGGAGCUUUGCCUUCCAUCUGCGCUCAUCCACCGGCCUGCAGCUGCUGGACCUGCACUUCAGCGGCAAGCGCGUGGCCUACGAGGUGAGCAUGCAGGAGGCGGCGUCGUUGUACGGCGGGCACACGCCUGCGAGCAUGCAGUGCAACUUCAUGGACUCGGGAUUCGGGAUGGGCAGCUCCACAUUCGAGCUGGUCCCCGGCAUCGACUGCCUCGAGACGGCCACCUUUCUGGACGCCCACCACUACUACGACUCCGACGCCCCCGUCCUCUACCGGCGCUCUCUCUGCGUCUUCGAGAUGCCCACUGGGGUGCCCCUGCGGCGCCACUUCGACUCCAACUUCAGAGGGGGUUACAACUUCUACGCGGGACUGGAGGGCCAGGCCCUGGUGGUCCGUACAAUCACCACCGUCUACAGCUACGACUACAUCUGGGACUUCAUCUUCCACCACAAUGGGGUGAUGGAGGAAAUGCACGCCAUGGGCUACAUCUUCAGCACUUUUUACAGGCCAGACGGGCUGCGCUAUGGCACUCGCCUCCACACCCACCUGUUGGGUAACAUGCACACCCACCGGGUGCAUUACCGCGUCGACCUGGACCCUGCAGGCACCCAAAACAGCUUCGAGACGCUGGACCGGAAGCUGGAGAAGAUCGCCAACCCCUGGAGCCCGGGGCAUCAUGUGCUGCAGCCAACCCUGGAGCGGAUGAAAUACAGCACUGAACGCCAGGCCGCCAUCCCCACCACCAUCCAGUCGCCCGGCCUCCUGCUCUUCACCAACCGAGAGAAAAACCGCUGGGGCCACCCCCGCAGCUACCGCCUGCAGCUCACUUCCGUCGCUGCCUCUCUGUGGCCUGGAAACUGGAAGGAGGAGCAGGGCAUCACUUGGGCCAGGUAUCAGAUGGCCGUGAACAAGUACCGGGAGUCGGAGCUCCGGAGUAGCAGCAUUUUCAACCAGAACGACCCCUGGAAUCCACCCGUUGUCUUCGAGGAUUUCCUAAGCAAUGAUGAGAACAUUGAGAAAGAGGACCUGGUGGCCUGGGUGACGGUAGGCUUCCUGCACCUCCCCCACUCCGAGGACAUCCCCAACACGGCCACUCCGGGAAACUCCACGGGCUUCCUGCUCCGCCCCUUCAACUUCUUCCCCGAGGACCCAUCCUUGGCCUCCCGAGACACCUUGAUUGUGCGGCCCCGGCCCCGAGGCCCUCCCUUCGUCCAGUGCUGGAACCCAGAGGGAGUCGGGGCCUGUGGGCCGGCCCCCCCGUUCAGUUAUGAUGGCACCUACCGCCCGGUGUGA